AUGGAGAAACACAGGGCAUCAUGGAAGGCAGAACUCUGGUUGAGAAGAAAAGUCCAUUCCCCAGACAAAUUUCAGGACCCCAAGAAGAUGCCAAGAACUGGGGAUUCUCAGGGCUCACGCUCUCUUCAGCGGGCAUUAAGUGAUGUGGUCCGACCCUUGAAUAAGCAAGUAAAGAUAUUAGAUAAUGAUGCCUCUGUGACUCCAAAACUGGAGAAAACCAAAGAUGCCAUCAGUAAGCAAAGUAGCCAGAGAAAUAACCAUAAGGACAAGGCCCACAAGAAGGGCCAGCAUGGGUGGCUAAAGACCCUGAUGAAUUUCCUGACCCGAACAGAGUCUGAGGAAUCAAGGGAAAAGGAAGAAAAAAAAUCAAAGGAGAAAUGUAUCUCCCCUCAAGACCCCAAAUAUCUAGAGGCAUCUGUAGACCCACCAGAGCCAACCUUUAGGAAGAAAGACAGGGAAAGGGGAGACAAGAAAUCAAAGGAGAAAUGCAUCUUCCCUCAAAGUCCAGAAUCCCUAGAGGUACCAACUGAACCCCCAGAGUUAACCUCCAAGAAGAAAUACAAAGAAAAGGGAGACAAAAAGUUAAAGGAGAAAUGUAUCUUACCUCAAGAACCCUUAGAGGCACUGGCAGAACCACCAGAGCCAAUCUCUAAGAAGAAAGACAAGUCUAACCUCAAAAAAGCCUUUUCUUUUAAGAAACAUAGUCAUGAAGAAGCCAAAAAAUCAUCAGGCUUGGAUUCUAGAAGCCCUGAGACACGGAGACCUGCAAAGCCUACUUUUCUUCCUUUGUGCAUCAGCUAUAGACCUGCAAGUUUGACUUCACUUGACUCCAAUGAGGUGGAAGUACAAGAGACAGUGUUCACAGAAGUCAGGACUCUUGAUUCUACUGGACUUCCCAACCAAGAUGGGCAGCCCCCACCAAGGGACCAGUGGCCUUCAAACAGAAGUUCUGAAUCUAAUGAUAUUUUUCAGCACAUAGGUGCUAUUCUCAGAAAGGAAGGUGACAAGCACAAUGAAAAGGUGAGAAAUAUUGAAGACCUAAAUUUUAAAGCAGACUGGAAGAACUUUUCCUUUACCUCCCUCCAAACCUUGGCAGAUGUUUUUGGAAAUCAGGAAGAGAACCAGGAGCCAACUGGGAGUCAAACAGAGAUACGCUAUCAUUUGCUUAACUAUGCAGGCAACACUAACCAUGCUGUCCACCGAAUCAUGGGCUGGAGAGAUCAUUCUGUCACACACACAUUUGGUCAUAUAUCUUACAAUAAUCAGCAGCAAGGAGCAAGUACGCCAUUCCUUAGUCCAGACUGAAUCUCAAGUGUCUUUCUUCCUUUGAAUCGCCAAACGUU